AUGCCGUCUUGCACCGUCUGUUUGAAGAACAUGGAGGGCAUCACCGAGAUGUAUGUUAGCAGGAAGUGCCACAAGGUCUUCUGUGGCGCCUGUCUCGACGAGUUCUCCAAGCGAGACAACGACCGCUUCACCUGUCCGACAUGCCGCCUAAUCCACAGCAAGUUGGACUUCCAUCGCAUCGUAUCCCCGCUGGAGAACAUUGACGAGGAGAAGCCGCGGGACCGCGAGGAGGCCCUCGUAGCCUACGAGCGGUCGGAGCGUCGAAUCCUAGACGCAAGGCCCGACUGGGCGGCGCUUUUCGACAUGAUGGAUGCCAAGCUGGCGUCGCUCAAGGCAUCGCAUGCAGAACAACUGCGGUUGCCCGACUCGCCUGAGACCAUUGCAAAGCUCGACGCCGCCAUCGCCAACGCCCUGGAGAAGUACAGCCGGGCGAUCGUCCUUGUCCGCGAGCUUGAGUCCAAGGCUAAGGUGGAGCAGGCCAAGGUUGGCGUCUACCGCGAGGAGCUCGCCCGAGUCACCGCGCAAGCGGACGCGAAGGAUGCAGCCCUCCAGGAGUUGCAGGACAACACCUUCGAGCGCCUGCGAGAAAUUUGCGAGGAGUACGCGAGGGCCCGCUCCAUGCUUAAGCGCAAAAAUGCCACAAGGGAGGAGCUGAGCGCUCGCAACGAGCAGGUCCAGACCCUGGUCUCUGUGCGGCGACUUCGCGUUGGCGCUCUGCAGAGAAAGAAUAAUCGCGAGCAAGAGGAGCUCUACUCACUUGAGUUGGAUCCGGCGCUGGCUAUCUUCAAGGUCCUUCGCCGGGUCGGAUGUUGGUUAUCGGCUUUUGUGGUGCUCGUCGUUUUUGUUCUCGUGGAGGUCAAAGUUGUGUACGAGUACAGCGUAGCCUGGCGUCUUCAGUGAAAGCAGGCCUCCAGGCAGUAUAUCAUUCUCCUCGACUCCCUUUCACCGGAUAAUGUAUUGUAGAAUGACAUGAAAGGUUUUGUAGGUUAGAAUGGCAAGGUUGACUCGUCCGUU